AUGGGUCGUCGUCCAGCUCGUUGUUACCGUUACCAAAAGAACAAGCCUUACAUCAAGUCUCGUUACUGCCGUGGUGUUCCCGAAUCGAAGAUCCGCAUUUACGACGUCGGUGCCAAGAAGGCUCCUGUCGAUUUGUUUCCCUUUGUGGCCCAUUUGGUCUGUGAUGAAAAGCAACAAAUCUCUUCUGAGGCUCUUGAGGCUGCCCGUGUUGCCAUCAACAAGCAUUUGGGAAAGACUGUAGGAAAGGAUAACUACCACAUUCGUAUGCGUGCCCACCCUUACCACGUUUUGAGAGCCAACAAGAUGCUUUCGUGUGCCGGAGCCGAUCGUCUGUCUUCCGGUAUGCGUCACUCGUACGGAAAGCCCAUCGGUGUUGCCGCUCGUGUCGAUAUUGGACAAAUCCUUCUUUCUGUCAGAGCCAAGGAUGUCCAUGAACCACACGUCAUUGAGGCUAUCCGUCGUGGAAAGUUCAAGUUUGCCGGACGCCAAAAGAUCCUCAAGUCUCUCAAGUGGGGAUUCACCAAGUAUCACCGUGAAGACUAUGUCCGCAUGCGUCGUUCUGGAGAAUUGUCUGCUGACGGAAACAUUGUCAAGGUCCACAAUCGUCGUGGUCCUUUGGAGAAGUCUGCCCUGUACCUUGCUGGACAAGCUUAA